GUGACAUGGUGAGCAGUUGCCAGUGGGAUAGAAUUCUGUGGACACUUGUAUUGUUUUAAAACAUCACAAUGAGCAAGGUUUGCUUGAUAGUAAUCGAUGGAUGGGGUGUGUCUGAUGCCGUGGAAGGCAAUGCCAUCCUCCAUGCUGAAACGCCGGUCAUGGAUAAGUUAUUUGAAGAGAAUGCUGUAACGUUGAACGCAUCAGGAUUUUCUGUGGGUUUACCAGAUGGUUUAAUGGGUAAUAGUGAAGUUGGACACAUGACUAUUGGUAUUGGAAGAAUUAUUUACCAGGACAUCGUACGUAUUAAUAAAUCCAUCACUGAGAAAACAAUAUUCAGUAAUAAAGCUUUAGUGGAUGCGUGUAAUCAAGCAAAGCAGGGAAAUGGUAGACUGCAUUUUCUAGGACUGGUGAGUGAUGGUGGUGUACAUUCCCAUAUUGAUCAUCUGUUUACACUUCUUGAUGCCGCUAAAGAACAAGGCGUACCUGAGUGCUUUGUACAAUAUUUUGCUGAUGGACGCGAUACUCGACCCUCAAGUGGAGUUACAUUUGUUGAACAAUUGUUAAACAAAAUGAAAUCAAUCAAUUAUGGCAAGCUUGCAACUGUGGUUGGCAGGUACUAUGCUAUGGAUCGUGACAAGCGUUAUGAGAGAAUUAAGAUCGCCUAUGAUGGUUUAUGUCAAGGAUUGGGAGAGAAAACUACACAAGAUCAAGUCAUUGAGGUGAUCAAAAAACGAUAUGAAGCCAAUGAAACUGAUGAAUUCCUGAAACCAAUAAUUGUCAGCGAGGAGGGUAGAGUCCGUGAUGGAGACACGAUGAUUUUCAUUGAUUUCCGUGCAGACAGAAUGAGGGAAAUAGUUGAAGCAUUUGGAAUACAAAGAAAUUUUGAUACAGAAGUUGCUCCAAAAGUGAAUGUCACAGUUAUGACCGAAUACAAAGGAGGUUGGCCGUUCCCUCAGUUGUUUCCUCCACAGGUGCCGACCAAUGUACUUGGUGAAUGGCUUGCACAUAAAAAAGUACCACAAUUCCAUUGUGCAGAAACUGAAAAAUAUGCCCAUGUGACAUUUUUCUUCAACGGUGGCAGAGAAGAUGCUUUUGAGCUUGAAGAUCGUUGUAUGGUGCCUUCACCAAAAGUACCAACAUAUGACACUUUACCUGAAAUGAGCUCAGCUGGUGUUGCAGACAAAAUGGUUGAAGCUAUCGGUAGUGGUAAAUAUCCAUUUGUUAUGUGUAACUUUGCACCUCCUGACAUGGUGGGCCAUACUGGACAGUACGAACCAGCUGUUAAGGCAUGCACAGCGACAGAUAUCGCUAUUGGACGAAUCUAUGAUGCUUGUGAGAAACAUGGUUAUGUAUUAUUAAUUACAUCAGACCAUGGUAAUGCUGAGAAAAUGUUUAGUGAAAAAGGUGGUCCACAUACCGCGCAUACAACAGCUAGAGUUCCAUUUAUCAUGACUGGUUCCCAUAAAUUCAUAAAACUGGACGACCCUGGCCUGGCAGAUGUUGCACCAACUGUACUUGACUUGAUGGGAUUGGAUAUUCCAGCUGAUAUGACUGGCAAAUCACUGCUCAAGAAAUAGAUCAUGUUGGAUAUUACCCAAUCAUCUCCCAAAUAUAGUACUGACCAAUGAGUGAGAUAGAAACAGAUCAUGUGGGUUUCACUAGCCAAUCAAAUAGUUUCAAUGUCAAUUUAUGCUAUAUAAUGAUGUUCAGGGAAUUUGAAUUAUCGGUACCCAAACAACAAAAUCUAUGUGUAUUAUUAUUGGAUUGUUUGGAUUUGUUUGCUGUGACUACUCAACUGUAAUAGAAAAUAGAUAUAAAGUCUGAAUUGAAAUAGAUGAUCAACAGUGAACCAUGUGAUUCACUAUUAGUCAUUAUUCUGUAAUAAAGCUGAUCAUUUUAAAAUUGCACUAACACAAGAAAUACCCGACUGAAAUUCAAAGCAGAGUACAAGUAGUUGAAUCUAAUAUGGAUAUGAUGUACAUAUAUAGUGAAUAAUUGACAUGUAUGGCAAUGAUAUUCUAAUUAAAGCGGGGGAGUCGUCACCUGUUUCGUCAUUGUUUACAAACAAGCGUCCACCCAUGAGUCUUUGCGUUUUUAAUGUGUGUUGUUAUCGUCACUUGGAACUCAAUUCCUGCACAUGCGCAGGUGAUGACACUCCCGAUUUAAACUAUUGACCAAUGUGGAAUUAUUGUAAUUUCAGUGUAAUGUGUACAUAGAGCGCUAUUGUCCCAGGUCAACUGUUUCUGCUUCAUAAUGCAAUGAAUCUGACAAUGAAUAAGACAUCUGUAUGGCAAAUAUGGCAGUCUCUUGGGAACCAUUUGUAAAAAGAUUGCUCUCAAUGGGGUGUGCCUAUGUUUCAAGUACAACAACUGUAAAAACCUAAUAGAAUUCUUACCAAACCAUUCAUCGUCUAUUAAGAUAUUGUCCCAUCAUUUAAUAUUGUCUUCGUAUUGUGUAUAACACUGUACAUUUUUAUUCAUUGAUUUCACUUAUUAUUUUUAUAAAGUUUUAACUUUAUAUGACAAUGUUAACUGAAAUAUGAUCUGUGCUAUUUAUACAAAAUCCAAUGAAGGGGAAGUACCUGUAAAAUAAUAUUCAUUUAUGAUAUCUGCUUAUUUAGUGGCUACACAGUCAUAACUGACCACUUUUUACCAACUUUGAGACUUGUAAUUACAUAUUCAAGUUCUAAUUGCAUAACUCUUGUUUUAACUUGUCAUGUAUUUCACACACCUUCUCCAGCAGAAUUAAAAUAAUAU